AUGCAGGUGUUUGUGUUUGCGCUGGCUCUGGCCGUCGUGGCGGGACAGUACGUCAACUUUGCUCCUGACUUCGCCAGCAGCAAGACCUAUGUGUACAAGUAUGAGGCGGUACUCAUGGCGGGCCUUCCUGAGGAGGGUCUGGCUAGCGCUGGGUUGAAGGUCCUCAGCAAAGUUCUAAUCAGUAACAUUGCUGAGAAUACUUACCUGCUUAAGCUUGCCGAUCCUGAACUCUUUGAGUACAGUGGCGUCUUGCCCAAGGAUCAAUUCAUCCCGGCCAACAAGCUGAAGGAAGCCCUGGCCUCCCAGCUUGCGACUCCCAUCAAGUUUGAGUACGCCAAUGGUGUUGUCGGGAAGGUCUACUCCCCAGAAGGCAUCUCAACCACCGUGCUGAACAUCUUCAGAGGUGUACUGAACAUCUUGCAGCUCAAUAUUAAGAAGACCCAGAAUGUCUACGAGCUGCAGGAGGCUGGAGCUCAGGGCGUGUGCAACACACUCUACGCCAUCACUGAAGACGAGAAGGCCGACCGCAUUCUGUUGACCAAGACCAGGGAUCUCAAUAACUGCCAGGAGAAGAUUGUCAAGGAUUUGGGUCUGGCUUACACAGAGAAAUGCAUAGAGUGCCAGAAGGAUGCCAAGAACCUGAGGGGAGCUGCCGCAUACAACUACGUCCUGAAGCCAGUCCCGACUGGAGUUCUGAUCCUGCAGGCCAGCGUCAAUGAGCUCAUCCAGUUCUCUCCCUUCAACGAGCUUAACGGCGCUGCCCAGAUGAACACCAAGCAGUCCUUGGUUUUCCUUGAGAUUCAGAAGACCCCCAUCGCACCGGUUAACGCUCAGUAUCUCCAUCGUGGAUCCAUCAAAUAUGAGUUUGCCUCCGAGCUUCUGCAGUCCCCCAUUAUGCUGAUUAAGAUCACAAACCCCCAAGCUCAGGUUGUGGAGCUCCUCAACCAUCUUGUCGUCAACAACAUGCAAACAGUUCACGAAGAGGCCCCCAUGAAGUUUCUAGAACUGAUUCAGGUGCUCCGUAAAUCAAACAUCAUGGACAUUGACCAGAUCUGGAGUCAAUUCAAGAGCAAACCAGUCUACAGACAGUGGAUCCUGGAUACCCUUCCCGCCAUUGGAACCUCAACCACUCUGAGAUUCAUCAAGGAGAAGUUACUGGCUAGAGAUAUCAGCAUUCUUGAGGCAGCUCAGGCUCUUGUAGCAUCCAUGCACAUGGUGACAGCUGAUCAGGAGGCCAUUACAAUUGUGGAAUCCCUGAUAGACAACCACUUGAUUGUGGAGAAUCCUGCUCUGCGUCAAAUCGUCAUGCUCGGCUAUGGUACCAUGGUUGCAAAGUUCUGCUCUGACAAGAUCGCCUGCCCCUCCGAGCUCAUCAAGCCCAUCCACGAGAAAAUCGCCAGAGCUGUUGCAGAGGAAAACUUCGAGGAUAUUAUUUUGCUUCUGAAGGUUCUGGGUAACGCCGGACACCCCCACAGUCUUAAGACAAUCACAAAGAUCCUGCCCUUGUUUGGCUCUGCUGCUGCAAAUCUGCCAACGAGAGUCCACGUUGACGCCAUUCUGGCCAUGAGGAACAUCGCCAAGAAGGAGCCCAGAUUGAUCCAAGAUAUGGUCGUACAGUUGUUCAUGGAUAAAGCCCUGCAGCCUGAGCUGCGAAUGCUUGCGUGCAUUGUGCUGUUUGAGACAAAGCCUCGCAUUGGCCUGGUAACUGCUCUUGCCAACGUUCUGAAGACCGAAGAGAACCUGCAGGUGGCCAGCUUCACCUACUCCCACAUGAAGUCCCUGACCAGAAGCACCGCAUCUCACCAGGCGUCUGUUGCUGCCGCAUGCAAUGUUGCUGUCAGGAUCCUGAGCCCCAAGUUUGAUCGUCUGAGCUACCGUUUCAGCAAAGCCAUUCAGAUGGACGCCUACAGCGAGCCCAUGAUGCUUGGUGCUGCUGCCAGUGCAUUCUACAUCAACGAUGCUGCCAGCAUCCUUCCCAGGGCUUUCGUGGCCAAGACCCGUGGCUACCUUGCCGGAGCUGCAGCUGAUGUUCUUGAGAUUGGAUUGAGGACCGAGGGACUCCAGGAGGCUCUCCUGAAGAACCCUGAUAGCGAGAACGCUGACAGGAUCACCAAGAUGAGGCGUGUCAUCAAGGCUCUGUCCCAGUGGAGAUCUCUGCCUACUAGCAAGCCUCUGGCCAAUGUGUACAUCAAGUUCCUGGGCCAGGAGAUCGCCUUUGCCAACCUCGACAAAAUUCUGAUCGAUCAGGCCAUUGCACUUGCCAGUAGACCCAUCGUUCAGGAAAUGGGAAAGGACGCUCUGAGGAGUGUGCUGUCUGGAUUUACCGCCCAUUUCACCAAGCCCAUGCUGGCUGCUGAGGUGCGCCGCAUCCUCCCCACCGCCGCCGGAUUCCCCAUGGAGCUCAGCAUGUACACCGCUGCUGUCGCUAACGCCGCCGUCCAAAUCAAGGCAAGCACCACACCUGCUCUGCCCCAGAACUUCCUUUGGGCUCAUCUGCUGAAGGCCAACAUUAAUCUGGAGACUGAGAUUAGGCCCAGUAUCGCUGUUCAGUCAUUCGCUGUGAUGGGCGUGAACACUGACCUCAUCCAGUCAUCUGUGCUCGUCAGAGCCAAGGUCAACUCUGUCCUGCCAAGCAAAAUUGCAGCCAAUCUUGAUAUAACUGGAGGCAACUUCAGGAUCCAGGCAUUGCCCGUUGCCGUGCCUGAACAACUUGCAACCGUGCGUUAUGAGAGUUUCGCCGUGGCAAGAAACAUUGAAGAUCUCCUGGCCGAGAAAAUCGUGCCUAUCAUUCCCGCAGAGAUCUUGGAGCCCCUCAUCGGCAGACGGUUCGUGUCUAAUGCCAACUCCAUUGUGUCUGGUAGCUCGUCCAAAUCCUCCGAGAUCUUCUCUGACAUGGUAUCUGGAAUGAAACCCAUCAUCAAGUCCAAACUUGCCCGAUUUGAGAAGAAGUAUUGUGCUAAGUUAGCCGCAAUGAAGUCCUGCAUCAAGCUGGAGUCUGAGGAUGCCUCAUUCAUCAGGAACACACCUCUCUACCAACUGAUUGGAAAGCAUGUUGUCUCUGUGGUCAUUAAACAUGUUGCCGGAAAGGAGAUCGAGAGAAUAGAGAUCGAGGUCCAAGUCGGAGCAACGGCUGCAGCAAAGCUAAUUAAGCAGAUCAACCUGAGCCAAGAAGAAGUAGAAGAAGAGAACGCCCAGGGCACACCUGCUCUGCUAAAGCUCAAGAAAAUCCUGAAUCCCUCCGUGAAAAGAUCUUCCUCUUCCUCCAGCAGCUCCAGCAGCAGCGCCAAGUUGUUCUCCUCCUCCUCCUCCUCCUCCUCCUCCUCCAGCAGAAGCAGCAGCAGCAGCAGCCGUAGCAGCCGUAGCAGCAAACUGAACUCCAAAUCCUCCUCCUCCUCCUCGUCUAGCUCGUCCUCCAGCUCUUCCCGCUCUGCAAGAAGCCGUCUGUCCAACACUGUUGUGUACCCGUUGAAGUUCCAAAAGGACCACAAGAAGCAGUCUCUCACCUCUUCAGCAAGAACCUCCACAGGCAGAAGCAGUGCUUCAAGCUUCCGGGCCAUCUACAACAAUAACAAAUACCUUGGCGCUGCAGCUCCUCCUGCCUUCGCCAUCUGGGUCCGUGUGGUCAGAGCUGACAACCAAAUGAUGGGAUAUGAGCUGUCUACCUACCUGGACAAGCCCAACAAAAGAGUCCAGCUGAUCAUUGCAGCUUUGGCCAAAGGUGACACCUGGAAACUGUGUGCUGAUGGAAUUCUUCUUAGCAAGCACAAAGUAUCUGCUAAGGUUGCCUGGGGAGCGGAGUGCAAGGAAUACAGCGCCAUGGUGACAGCUGAGACUGGCCUGGUCGUCAAAAGCCCUGCGGCUCGUCUGACAGUGUCCUGGGAAGCGCUGCCGAUAUCAUUCAAGACUUACGCCAAGCUCGUCUACAAGUACAUCCCUGCGUCUAUCCUCGCUGGACUCGUUGAAGGGAAGGAGAUCAACAUUGAGAAGCAGGUUUCUCUCAUCGUGGUUGCAACUACUAACAAGGACCUCGAUGUGAUCUUGAAGACACCAAAGCACACUAUCUACAAGUUAGCUCUGCACCUUCCCAUUGCUCUGCCUCUCGACGGACUCACCAGCCUUACUCCCUUCGAAAACAACAUCAUGGAAAAAGUCCAAUACGUCUUGGCUCAGGUUUAUGAAGCUCAGUGUAGCUACGCCAAGAACACCCUGACCACAUUCAACAACAGGAGGUACAAGAACGAGAUGCCACUGUCUUGCAACCAGGUUCUGGCCCAGGAUUGCUCCAAGGAGCUCAAAUUCAUGGUUCUGCUGAAGAAGGACAACAUUGAGCAGAACUGGAUAAAUGUGAAGCUCGCUGACAUCGAUAUCGACCUGUACCCCGAGAACGACAACAUGAUUGUGAAGGUUAACGGCAUGCAGAUCCCCAUCAGCAACCUGCCCUACCAGCACCCCACAGGUACAAUCCAGAUCAAGUCUAACGGUGAGGGCAUCUCUGUAUAUGCGGCCAGCCACGGUCUUCAUGAGGUCUACUUCGACAGGAGCUCCUGGAAGGUCAAGUUGGCCGACUGGAUGAAGGGACAGACAUGCGGAAUCUGUGGAAAGGCCGACGGAGAGGUCAGACAGGAGUUCCGCACCCCCAACGGACAGCUGGCCAAGGACGCCGUCAGCUACGCCCAUUCCUGGGUGAUCCCUGCUGAGAACUGCCAAGAUGCCUCCGAGUGCCGUAUGAGACAGGAGUCAGUGAAGCUGGAGAAACAGAUCAUGGUCCACGGACAGGAGUCCAACUGCCACUCUGUUGAGACGGUGCUGCGUUGCCUCCCUGGAUGCAUCCCAGUCAAGACCACCCCGGUCACCGUUGGCUUCCACUGCCUGCCUAUUAGCGCUGAGCAGCAACGCUCUGGAGAUCUGAGCAGCGUCCUGGAGCAGAGUGUGGACCUGAGGGAGAGCGUGAUGGCUCACUUGGCCUGCAACUGCGCCAACCUCUGUGCUUAAGCUGGCCACGCCCCGCUCACCAGAGCACCACUCCCCUUUAAGUAUUUAUCAAUUAACUUCUGUAUCCUUAAAGCGAUCAAAUACAACAAAUAUCUUUUGGGAUUUUCUUGGCAGUUUGAUUGGUGUCAGGGUUCUAACAAUACAAUGUAAUGUCAAAGAGGAAUAAUAAAAACUUUUCCACAAAUA